GAGAAAGAGAUAUAGAGCAAGGGAGAAGGAGAGAGAGACAAGGAGGGAAACAGAGACAGAGAGUGGAGGCUGAGCGCAUCUCUCCAUUGAUCUUGAACCGAUCAAGGACACUGACCUGUUGUCUGAUACACCGGCCAAUCAAAACCAGGGUUACAGUGGCAGUCAUGUCAGGGAUGCACCGUUCAACCAAUCAGAGCUGGGAUUCUACAAAUGUUGGUGUUCCGUUGCACAGAUGAACCAAUCACACGCAGGCGUCGCGCUUCGCAUCCCACAGAACCUACGGAACCCGAAUCCAACGAACCAAUCAGAUACAGGAUUGCUGGUUCCAGAACAAAUCCGGAGGAUGGCGAGGGUUCAUCGCUGUUUCCAAGCAACCAAUCGGAUUGCGGAUUACUAACCUCACCACCUCACUGGAUUACACAUUUGGGGAUUUUAGAGGAACCAGGAUUCCAGCCAAUUGGAGCUUGAGGAGGACUGAGGCGUCGGGCGUGGUGAUUGGCUGCUGAGUCCGAUGGGGGCGUGAGCCGUGGUUGUGGCCCGGUCUGACCCUGGCUGGUCUGACCCCUAACCUCUAACCCCUGACCUGUAACCCCUGACCCCUCUGGUCCUGGCUCUCCAGCUGCUGUGCUGCUUGGGUUCUGGUCCCGUCCGCUCCGGGGGAGGGGCCAAAAAGAACAAUCAGCCAAUCACUAUGAAGAAGAGCCGCAGUGUGCAGCGUCUGUCACUGGCCGGAGAGGAGGAGGAUAAUGACACUGAAUCGUCAGACUGUGCUGAGAAGGCGGAACCAGGGCUCUACAGCAGCUCCUAUACGUCAGGAGCCACUCUGGGGGCGGAGCUACGCAUGGGGAGGAGCAGGAGGCUGGCCUCCAGUUUGCAGGUUCCGUGUUGGCUCCGCCCCCGAGACAGGACACGGUCACCUGAGAUCCUGAGUAACAUGCCACGCCCCACGUCCCUGCCCCUCUGCAUUCCACCACGCAUAGCCAUCACACCUGCAGACGCAGACAGUGAGCUGGAGAACGGGGUGUCUCCGGGCCAUACCCCUCUUGGCUCCCAGAGCUGCCAGAGUCCCAGCCUGACCCUGCACCCUUCCUUCCCCCAGGGGGGGCGACGAGAGUCCUUCCUCUACCGGUCAGACUCGGACUACGACAUGUCGCCCAAAAACUCAGUCUCACGCAACUCUAUCGCCAGCGAAGGGCAUGCAGGAGAAGACUUCAUUGUUACCCCCUUUGCUCAGGUGUUGGCCAGCCUGCGCUCGGUACGGAGCAACUUCACCCUCCUCGCCAACAUCUCCACGCCAACCGUCAAGAGGUCUCCACUGGGUGGUGUGGUGCCCCACAACCCCAGAGCAGCUCUAUCAGAUCAACAGUAUGAGCAGCUGGCUACAGACACUCUGGAGGAGCUGGACUGGUGUCUGGAUCAGCUAGAGACCAUCCAGACUCACCGCUCUGUCAGCGACAUGGCCUCCAACAAGUUUAAGAGGAUGUUAAACAGGGAGCUGUCUCACCUAUCAGAGAUGAGUCGUUCUGGUAACCAAGUGUCUGAGUACAUCUCCAGCACCUUCAUGGACCAGCCCAACGAGGUAGAGCUGCCGUCCCCUACUCUAAAGGAGAAGUCUAUGAGUCAGAUCAGUGGAGUGAGGAAACUGCCCCACAGCUCCACCCUGUCCUGCUCUUCUGUCCCACGCUUUGGAGUCAACACUGAACAGGAGGACCAGCUAGCCAGGGAGCUGGAGGACCUGGACAAGUGGAGUUUCAACAUCUUCAGAGUGUCAGAGUUCUCCAACAGCAGACCUCUCAGCUGCAUCAUGUACGCCAUCUUCCAGGAGCGUGAUCUCCUCAAGACGUUCCGUAUCCCCGUCGACACCUUCGUGACCUACGUGAUGACCCUGGAAGACCAUUACCAUGGUAACGUGGCCUACCACAACAGUCUGCACGCCGCCGACGUCUGCCAGUCCACACACGUCCUCCUCUCCACACCCGCUCUAGACGCUGUGUUUACAGACCUGGAGAUCCUAGCAGCUCUGUUUGCUGCAGCCAUCCAUGAUGUGGACCACCCCGGAGUGUCUAACCAGUUCCUCAUCAACACCAACUCUGAGCUGGCUCUCAUGUAUAAUGAUGAGUCAGUCUUAGAGAACCAUCACUUGGCUGUAGGCUUCAAGCUGCUCCACCUGGAAAACUGUGACAUCUUCCAGAACCUGACCAAAAGACAGCGACAGAGCCUCCGCAAGCUGGUCAUCGAUAUGGUGCUAGCUACAGACAUGUCUAAACAUAUGACUCUAUUAGCUGAUCUGAAGACCAUGGUGGAGACUAAGAAGGUGACCAGUUCAGGAGUGCUGCUGUUGGACCACUAUACAGAACGCAUACAGGUCCUGAGGAACAUGGUUCACUGUGCAGACCUCAGCAACCCCACCAAGCCACUGGGUGUGUAUCGCCAGUGGACUGAACGCAUCAUGGAGGAGUUCUCCAGACAGGGAGACAAGGAGAGGGUCAAAGGCAUGGAGAUCAGCCCUAUGUGUGACAAACACACUGCCUCCGUGGAGAAGAGCCAGGUGGGUUUCAUAGACUACAUAGUACACCCUCUGUGGGAGACGUGGGGUGAUCUGGUCCACCCUGAUGCCCAGGACCUGCUGGACACGCUGGAGGAGAACAGAGACUGGUACCAGUCCACCAUGCCCCAGAGCCCCUCUCCUCCCUACGACAAACACCUGCUCACAGACCGCUUCAAGUUUGAGCUGGCACUGGAAGAUCUGGAGCCCAACCACAACCACAUGCAACAACCCAACGGGUUGAACCAAACGGUCAGACAGGAGAAUGGAAACCAGGACCAUGCAGAGGAGAACCAUGUUGAAGAGGAGGAGGAGAACCAUGUUGAAAAGGAGGAGGAGAACCAUGUUAAAGAGGAGGAACAGGAGGAGAAC